GGGAGAGAAAGUUGGUUGAGGAGGAUCCUUCCCUUUGCCUUUACCCUUUUGCUCUCUUCUACCUCAGCCUUCCUUCUUCCUCCAUCUUCAGCGUCAACGCCUGCAAUCAGACCUUCCCAUUUCUUCCUCAAUUCGCUUGAUCCCGUUUUUUGAAUCUAAACCCAUCAUGGCCACCACUGGGAACAAGAACAUCAACGCUAAAUUGGUGCUGCUUGGGGAUGUUGGAGCUGGAAAGUCUAGUCUUGUAUUGCGCUUUGUUAAAGGUCAAUUUGUUGAAUUUCAGGAGUCAACCAUAGGUGCUGCAUUUUUCUCCCAAACUUUAGCUGUCAAUGAUGCAACAGUAAAAUUUGAGAUUUGGGAUACAGCUGGUCAAGAGAGAUACCAUAGCUUGGCUCCAAUGUACUAUAGAGGAGCUGCCGCUGCAAUCAUUGUGUAUGACAUAACAAAUCAAAACUCAUUUGAAAGGGCAAAGAAAUGGGUCCAAGAACUUCAAGCACAAGGCAAUCCAAAUAUGGUUAUGGCUCUUGCUGGGAACAAAGCUGAUUUGCUAGAUGCAAGGAAGGUGACAGCAGAGGAAGCACAAUCAUAUGCACAAGAGAAUGGCCUUUUCUUUAUGGAAACCUCUGCCAAAACUGCAGCUAAUGUUAAUGAUGUUUUCUAUGAAAUAGCAAAAAGGCUACCUCGAGUGCAGCCAGCACAAAAUCCAGCCGGGAUGGUUCUGAUGGAUAGACCUGCGGAGAGGACAGCAAGUGCAUCCUGUUGCUCGUAGGUAUCUAGGCGGUGGUUGUUGCUGUCUGCCUGCAACUUCUAAGUAACUCCCUACAGUUGAAGUUCAUCUUUCUUAGCCUCUGUUGUCUUUGUACUAUCGAUUCAGAAAUGUACAUUCAUGUUUGUCUAGAUUGCUCCUUAUCAACUGCUGAAUCACUUUGGAUGUUGACUUCUCUUGUAAUUAACAUGGUGCAUUAUAUUUUCUUUCAUAUAUGGUGCAUGUUCAAAUGAAUAAAAUAUUUUGCUUCAU